GUUGCAUAUCGCCUUCGCGGAGCAAAACGGGACAGUGCCAUGAGGACUCUCUCCAAAAGCAGAACUUGCGAAGUUUACAGCGUUUCUGGUCAUGGGCAUUGUUAUUCUACAGCCAUCCUACAGGGAGAGGGGGUCGUGGAGACCACCAACACUCUCAGCCCCUCCUCAGAGGCAGAGUCAGACCGGAAGCUUCCAGGAGCCCAGGCUCCAGUCUGCGGGUCAUGGAGGAGGUGGGCGUUGGGUGUCCUACCUCUUCUGCCCUUCACUGCAGUCGUUGCACUGACUUUACACUUCUUUAGCUCUCCUCCCCCUUCAGUGUUCUACCUUGGCGGCAGUGUGGAGUUCCCCAACCUCAGUUUCUCAUUGGACCUGACUGACCCCGCCUCCCCACAGUACCACCUCCAAACUCAGGCUCUGAGUCAUUAUUUUUCCCAACUGUACGAGUCCUCCCCCUGGAACUCCUAUCACAUACGCUCAGGAAUAACAGCCUUCAGUGAAGGAGGGGAAGGCCUGAACGUGUUCUACUGGAGUAAGUUCUCUGCCCCGGACCGUGUUGCCACGGAUAUCCGACGAUGGAGUCCGGAGCAUGCUCAAAGGCGUCUGCCCGGCACCAACAAGCUGCUGUACAGCCGCCACGAGGAACACCAUUACAUGGAGAGAGAUGAGGACACCAUCAGCCUGCUGGGUUUGGAUUCCGACGAUGAUUAUGAUGCAGAUGAAAGAACAGACAAGAUUAAGAACCCUAAUUCCUUGCAAAGUGGAAAGUGGCAGUUAGGUUUCCAAGCUAUGUCCUUUGACCUAUACGCCAAAUACGGUAACAACCGCACUCUGAGCCUGGUGAGUCCCAAGAAGCCGUACUACCAGUGGCGCCUGCGAGUGCCGUCCGGUCACGUGGUACGCCUCGUCAUCCUCACCCUCAACGGGGCCACGCCCGGCAGUUGUUCCGCCCACAAACUGUCCGCGUACGACUUCCUGCUUCCUCUACAGAACAAGAUCAUUUCCAGGUGGUGUGGGCUGCCGAUGUCCGGCUCGUCUCCGGUGAUGAAGCUGACGUCGUCCGGGAACGUGAUGCUGGUUACCUUCUCCUUCAGCAGGCAGAGGGACGGGGCAGUCUUCAAAGCCUACUUCCAGGCCAUUCCCAAAGCAGGUUGUGGAGGGGCUCUGUCCUACUGGAACGGAUCCCUGGUCUCGCCCUACUACCCUGCCCACUACCCCCCCAACGUAGACUGCAGCUGGACACUGCGGGCACCAUUGCCAGGAUUCCUGAUCUCCUUGACGAUAGUAACACUGGACAUCCAGGACUCAGGGUCUUCCGACGGCUGUGAGAAAGACUGGCUGGACAUCGGAGGAGUCAAGCUGUGCAACCCAGUAGGAGACAGCAGCAGAAAGAGGAUCUACCACUCCCCCGUCUCCCUCCACUUCCACUCUGAUGAGUCCCUCACACACAAGGGCUUCUACCUGCUCUACAGAGCCUUCUCCCCAGAGAGCACCUGUCCUCGUCAGUUUCGCUGUGGGGAUGGACGCUGCGUCCCUCUGAGGAAGGUGUGUGACGGCGUCAAAGACUGCUCAGACGGACGCGACGAGGCAAAGUGUGCGUUCUGCAAGCCAGGCGAGGUGUACUGUGGGAAUGGUCAGUGCAGUGCCCACAGUAGCCAGUGUAACAGCAAGAUCACCUGUGGCGACAGCAGUGAGGAGGCAAACUGUGGUAAAUGCUACCACGUGUGUCCAAACAAGGUGUGUGUCCCCAAGUCAUCAGUGUGCGACGGAGUGGUGGACUGCAAGGACCGCAGUGAUGAGAUCAACUGCACCAGGGCAUUCCAUAAAGGCUGCUCUCCGUCCUCCUACAAGUGCACCAAUGGAAAGUGUGUGAGUAAGAUCAACCCUGAAUGUGACGGGGUCAAAGACUGCUCGGACGGCUCGGACGAGAUGCGCUGUGGUUGUGGUACUAGGCCCAGGAAGCGUACCAAGAUUGUGGGGGGUUCUGAUGCUGGCAGUGGGGCCUGGCCGUGGCAGGUGAGCCUGCAGAUGGAGCGUUAUGGUCACGUGUGUGGAGCCACGCUGGUGGGCAGCCGCUGGCUCGUCUCUGCCGCUCACUGCUUCCAGGACUCAGACGCCAUCAAGUACUCUGAUGCGCGCUCCUGGCGUGCCUACAUGGGCAUGCGUGUGAUGAACACGGGCAGCAACGCCGCCGUCACCAGACUGAUCCGUCGCAUCUUCCUCCACACCCAAUACGACCAGUUCACCUCUGACUACGACAUCGCCCUGCUGGAGCUCAGCGCCCCCAUCAUUUUCAGCGAGUUGGUACAGCCCGUGUGUGUCCCCGCCCCCUCCCAUGCCUUCACCACAGGGACCACCUGCUUCGUCACAGGCUGGGGGGUCCUAAUGGAAGACGGUGAGCUAGCGUCUCUGCUGCAGGAGGCCUCAGUGAAGAUCAUCAACAGGAACACGUGUAACAAGCUCUACGAUGAUGCUGUUACUCCCAGGAUGCUUUGCGCUGGGAACUUGCAGGGAGGGGUGGAUGCCUGCCAGGGGGACUCGGGGGGCCCUCUGGUGUGUCUGGAGAGGGGCAGACGCUGGUUCCUGGCAGGCAUCGUGAGCUGGGGGGAGGGGUGCGCGCGGCUGAACCGGCCCGGAGUCUACACACAGGUCAUCAAGUUCACAGACUGGAUCAGCCAGCAGACCAAAGGACAGGUCUGACAGACAGGCAGACAGACAAGACAAGACAG